AUUCAGCCAUGUGCUCCCGUCAGGACAAGGAUCAGUGCCACUCACAGGAGCGUUACACCCGACAGAGCAGCGGCUGUCAUAGCUCUGGUGGUGGCUGUCACAGCUCUGGUGGCAGCAGUGGUGGAUGUCACAGCUCCGGUGGAGGUGGAGGAUGUCACAGCUCCGGUGGAGGUGGUGGCUGUCACAGCUCUGGUAGCAGCGGUGGCUGUCACAGCUCCGGUGGCUCCAGCUGCCAUGGGAAGCCUCAAGUCCAGUACCACUACCCUCAACAACAGCAGCAGCAGCAGCAGGUCCACCAGCUGCCCUCGCAGAAGAUGAAGUGAU